AUGGAGCUCUCCGGGGCUGGCAUCAGCGACCACGCGCCCCUCGUCUUGCAGAUCACUGCUGCUCGACACGUCCCGAGAGACGAGCAGCCUAUUCCGACACACCUCUUCAACCACAAGAAGUACCCCGAGACCUACGCGCCCAUGCUGGCGCACUGUUCCUUGGAGGGGGAAACGGCGGAAGGGCGCUGGAGAGCAGCGAAGCAGUGCAUGAAGCUAGCCGCUCGACGUGUGCGGGAUGAACAGCUGAGAACCAACUUCUCCCUCCUCGUCAAGGACUCCACGGCCGAGACCUCGUACAUGGGCUUCAAAUCGGCGGCGAGAGCCGUCUGGCGACAGGACACCGUCCUGGCGGGCAGGCUUCUCGACUCCUGCCCCGCGUUGGCGACCCACCUCAAAGUCACCGACGGCACCGUGCGCAUUGUGGACACCAACAGCUUUGCUUCCAACUUCGACGCAAUUGCUGAGCGGGUGCACUCUAUGAGAAGACAAGCGGCGGAGGCCGCAGCUCGGACAGCCAACGUGCGCGACAGCGCAGCCUGGCGGAGAGUUGAACGUAAGGCCGCCAGACACGCUCAGCUGUGGGUCCCCUGGCGGCGUCGCAUGAUCCUCUCUGGCCUGCGCGUGGACUCUACACCGUGUUCCGCCAAGGACUCGCAGGUGGCUCAGCAUGUGGUCUCCGACCCCGCGGGCAUGAAGACGAUUGUGGCGAACUACUGGGGUGAGAUCUUCGCGAAGUUGCCGAACGAUGAGCAGCUCAAGACCAUGGGCUCUUUCUUGGACAAGCACGCCCCGCGGUACCCGGUGGUGGAACUUCCCCAACCUGCCCUCCACAACCUCGAACGAGCGGUCAGCAGAGCACCUCCUAGCGCUGCGGGACCUGACCAACUCACGUACGCUGCAUGGCGACGCAGCCCUGGUGCGCUGCAGCAUCUCCACGGGCUCAUGGAGACCAUCUUCAACGACGGAGUCGCACCUCUCGACCUCAACUGGUCGAUCUUCAUCUGCGUCCCCAAGGGCACGGAGGAGGACGACGUCCCUGAUUCAUGCACUCGCACGGCGUCCACCGUGCGCACUCUCUCCCUCAAGAACUGUGACGCCAAGCUGAUUGCGGCAUGCGCGGAUCGAGGACUGCAGCCUAUUGCUACAUCAUCUACCUCACCCGAGCAGAAGGGCUUCACUGCGGGGCGGCGCUUCGUCGACCACAUCCCUUUCCUGGACGCAGAAUGCCGCAGGGAAGGACUCCUUCCUGAUGCUGCGGCCCGUCGCCCCAUGUUCCUUUCGUUCGACUUCCGCCAGGCCUUCCCAUCGCUCUUCAGGGAAGUCAUCGAGAAGGUCCUCCCGCGCUACGGGGUUCCGCUGGGCUUUCGCAACGUGAUCAUGGCGCACAUGAGCGCAAACAGUGGCUCCAGCGCGGAGCUGGAGCCACUGUUUGCGCUCAUGUGCGGCAUCAUGCAAGGAUGCCCGCUCUCUGGCACGGUAUGGUGUCUGGCCAUGGAUGCUCCCAUCCGCGCUCUGCUAGCAGCGAUCGACGAGCACGGAUCUCUCGCAGCCUGCGCGGACGACCUCGGGAUGCUGAUCAAGAACGCAGUCGCCCUCCCGAGCAUCGACCGCACCUUCGUCUCCAUCGAGUUCGCCUUCAAUCUGCAGCUGGCGCUCCACAAGUGCGUGCUGGUCCCGCUGUGGGAGGAGAUCACGGACAACACACUGCAAAACGUCAAGUCAUUCCUUGCGGGGGCGGUCCCACGCUGGAGUGGCUUCCGCAUCGACUCAUCGGCCAAGUACCUCGGGACAUACCUGGGCCCUGGCGUAACGGACUUUGGCAUCUGGAAGGCUGCGGCGGGGAAGUGGUGGUCCCGCUGCUGGGAGCUGGCGCGCACGGGCAUGGCCACCAGCCUUGCUGCCCGUGCAUACAACAUCAACGCGCUGCCGUGCCUCUCGUACCUGGCUCAGUUCUACUUCAUCGUGCCCGCCAUCUGGAAGGCGGACAUCCUCUCGAUGAGCGCGUGGUGUGGCUCGCCGGCGCCGAUUGGCCUCUUCCCGCACACGAUCGCCGCGAUGAUGCGUUCAGCGGAGAACACGGUGAGGGGCUGGGAGGUGCACCUCCGCCACCUACAUGAAGCUGCAGUGGAACACGUACCACUGGCCGACGUGAUCAAGGGCAAUUGGUCACCGCCGUGGUGGCGUACGAGAAGGGCGAUCGUGCAGAACUACGCCAUGGUCUCGGACUCCUUCGACAUGCUCGACAUCCCAAGGCCGACGCUGGACCCGCUCCCGAUCCCGAUCCCGCGCAGGUGCAUCUUGAAGGCGAAGACGGCGAUGCUCAUGGAGGCGAAGAUCGCGGCCGCUGCCACCCCUGCCAGGAAGCCCAAGCGCCAAGCCGCGGCCGCGGCAGCGCUUCGCGGCAUGCUGUACCCUGAGGACCUCGUCGCCAUCAUCCACCGCCGGCUCCGCAGGUGGGGGGUCGACUGUCCGCUGGCCGUCCUGCGUGAGAGAUGGCCUCCGCUGCGCUGCAAGCUGACGGAGGUCCGCCCAGCCUGGAUGUGGUCGUGGCUGCGCACGGCGGUCAACGGCUGGACCACCUCGAGGCGCAUGAGCGCCGUCAUCGACGCUCGCCAGUGCAUCUUCGGCUGCGACGGGGAGGACGCGCUGGAGCACUACGUGCGCUGCCCGACCCUGCGGGAGAUGGCCGCGGGCGCUGGGGGUGCCGACGCCAUCGGCAGUGGCUUGGAGCUCCUCGGGCUCGGCGACGAGACGUACCACACGCUGCGGUCCCACGUGGACUGCAUCUUCACCAUCGGCCUCAUGUGCCAGUGCUACCACAUCCAGAAGUACAGGAUGGACGUGGGGCUGGCCGUGGGCGUCGACCAGCGGGCCUCCGUGAGGAGGCGCGCGGCCCCCGUGCGGAGGGGCUGCUCCCCGCCGGGUGUGCUGGGGGGGCUGCUCCCGGCCAUGACCACCGCGGCGGCCGCGGGCGGCCGCCACCUGACCCGCACCGGCUCGUCGUCCUACCAGGCAAAGAAGGGCGGAGCCUUGGCGAAGCGCGGGGCGAUCCCCGUCAAGCUCGGGAGGGGUGGACGGCUCUUGACCUUCUCGUCUUCGACCAGAGACUUGAAUGCGGCUCGCGAGAUGUACAAAUGUGGUGGCCCCAACUUCGCCUUCAGCUCCUGCACCGCUGCGGCCUCGGCGUACUUCUUCCCUGCCGCACGGCAGUUGGAGAUGAGAGGAAGGUCCGCGGUCACCGCGAUCGAAAGCCAUUCUGCGGCUGCUAGGCCGCGCAGUUAUUGGGCAUAUUGGCAUGCCAUUUUCAAUGACAAGUUCAGUGCCUGCUGGAUGUCCUUGGCCUUCAUGGGUGUCGAGGUCCAUGUCCAUGGCGCAGCCGCCGCCAAGCAAGGCGAGGAGCAGGAUGAGAACAGUGUGAUCGAAUCUGGAUCUGCAGAGAGAAGCGUCAGCAACACCUCCGUGGGCUCCCCCUCGGGCUCCCCGUUCGCGCUCUCCGAGUGCUGCAGGGACGAGCUCGAGGAGGCCGCCGAGGAGUGUCUGUUCUUUACUGGCCCGUCAGGGAAGGCCCCGGUGGAUCGCACCUCAGUGCUGCGGGAAGCGAACACGGGGAGAGGCUGCAUGUCUAGGCUUAUCGUCGACCCCGACGAGACGGCGUUGCUCCUGAAGUGGGACCUUCUGAUGAUAAUCGCCCUCGGGUUUGUUGCGAUCAUGACCCCAGUGGAGGUCUCGAUGUUGGAGGUCAAGUUUGAUGCCCUGUUUGUGAUCAACCGCAUGGUGGACGUGGCAUUUCUUCUCGACAUGGUGCUCCAGUUUUUCUUAAAGUAUCCAGUAAAGACUCGCUACAGCAUGUACAUGGAGAGCCGUCACGGCUAUAUCGUGCGCCGCUACUUGAGCACGUGGUUUCUCGUCGAUUUUGUAUGCAUCGUGCCCUACGAUCUCAUCAGCAUGAUCUCCAACGACUCCGCGCUGGCACAGCUCAAGAUCGUGAGGGCCCUGCGGCUGCUGAGGCUGCUGAAGCUGACCAGGACGCUGAAGGGCUCUCGCAUGCUGCGGAGACUUGAGAUCCAGCUGUCUUUGUCGUACCAGAAGAUGUCGCUCGUGAAGUUCUUCCUCAUGCUUCUGAUGGUCGGGCACUGGAUGGCCUGCGCCUGGUGCGCCACGCUUCGGCUGCAGGACGCCUCCGCGCCCCGGUGGGUGGACGACAUCGACGCGCAGGAGCAGCAGUCGAAAACUACCGGCCGGCCCUGGCUUCUGUACUCGGUGGCCCUGUACUUCGCUCGAACCAUGACCUCGAUGGGGUACGGCGAUGUGCACGCCACGAGCGUGCUGGAGCGUGGGGUGUGCGUGCUGUUCCUGCUGGUGUCGGGGGUGUGCUGGGCGUACAUCAUCGGUCAGGUCACGUGCAUCGUCGCGAACAUGGGCCAGAUGCAGCAGCAGUACUACGACAUGCUCGAUCAGGUCAACUCCAUGAUGCACGAGCGCGGCAUACCUACGGGCAUGAGGUGGAAGUUGCGCCGUUUCUUCCUGUCCACUAAGAGUGUCCAGCGGUAUACGCAGCAGUGGGAGCUGGUGUCCGAGCUGAGUCAUGGGCUGCAGGGCCAGGUAUCCAUGAUGACAAACGCGGUCUGGCUCGCAAAUAUAGUUUUCCUCCGGGAUUUCUUCGCCGGGGCCAGAAUCGAUGACGUCAUCAACGAUGCGAUCAAGAACAACGAGGUGCCGUUUACCGACGUGCCUUCCUUCGUGCUGGAAAUGUCUAUGGCUUUGCAGUUUCACAUGUUCGCGUCGGAGGAACAUUUCGGCAAGCCGCAUGUGUUAUACAUCUUGAGAACUGGCCUCGCCAUGCGCGAUGCUGGGGUCAAGAGCCCCGGCGCGGUCUGGGGAGAGGACUUCGUGCUGUCCGACAGCACGCUCUUGGCGCCCGUCAGCACGUUGUCCCUGAGCUACGUGGAGGUGCUGAUGCUGCCGGCCGCGGACUUCAUGCACAUAUGCGAGAAGAACCGGAGGAAGUACCCCGGGUUGCCCCGGGCCGUGCGCAGGCACGUCGUGCGUCUGGCGUUUCGCCGGGGCAUCCUGGCGGAAGCGCGGCGGCGGCGGGCAGGACCCUCCCACGGCGCGGCGGUGACCGCGCUGGACCUCCGGGGGCUGCCCUGCCCGGCCCCGGCGGAGCCGGCGCCCGCGGCGCCGUCGCCCCGGCACGAGCUGCGGGCGCUCCAGGAGGACAUCGCGAGCCUCAAGGAGGUGCAGCGGCAGACCGCCGAGAUGAUGGGCUUCCUGGCCGAGCACGAGGCCCUCCUCGCGGACAAGCUGAGGGCCCGCGGGAGGCGCGGGCCAGCCGGGGACCCUGGCCUCCGCCUGCCGGCGGCAUCUUUCCAGACCUUCGCGUGA